AUGUUAUGGCUGCCGCAGCAGGGCAAGGUCGUCUACCGCCAGGACGACCGCGUCGACGUCUCGACGCCGGGGGAUGGCCUCAACGACAACUUGAUUUUCCGUGCCACUCCCACCCAGGUGAUCAUUGCUGCAAGAUCCGCAGAGGAGCGGCUGCAGGAGAACGGCACUGACACUGCCCGAUGCGCGGCGGCACUGCUGCAGGCGGACACCAUGGAACGGCAGGCCUACGGCUUCACCAAUGAUGGCGUCUCAUUCACGGGGUACCCGGUGGUGGGGUACCAACAUCGCAUCCAAGCGUCUGGCACAUGCAUCGACAGCCCAGAGGACAGCCUCCGCUCCGCCUGCGCCUGGGACCCGCGCAUCCCAGGCGCUCGCGCCGACAACUCCGGCUUCAGCGUUGCUCUCUCCAAGGCGCCGGCGUUCAUCGCUGACAUGCAGCGCCUCCGGGAUCUCAACCCGGAUGUGUUUUGUGUUGGCAUCGACUCUAGGACGGGUAUGUCCAUGCGGUACAUCAAGGCAUCGUCCGCUUACCUUGGCAAGCAGGAGGACUCGAUUGCCAUCGACAUCAACUACUAUCGUAGCAACAUCGACGGCACGCCGCGGGCGCACACCGACGUGGGCGACGAGAUCGAGCAGAUGGCACUGUGGAAGUAUGGUGCCCUGCCACACUGGGGCAAGAACCACGACAUCACUUUCGAUGGUGCCAUCUCGAAGUACUCAAAAGCCCACGAGUUCCUGGCGGUGAAGGAUAGGUAUGACCCUGAUGGAAUCUUCUCUAGCGAGUGGAGCGACCAGGUGCUCGGCAUCAAUGGGAGUCCGAAUGUCAUCAAGGAGCAUUGUGCCAUCGAAGGACUUUGUGUCUGCUCUGAGGACUCGCACUGUGCGCCGGAGCAGGGUUACCUCUGCCGACCGGGGAAGGUGUACACGAAGGCUAGAGUUUGCUCACUCGUCAAGGAUUAUUAG